AUGGCGGAAUCAACUACAGAUGUUGUCAUCGUCGGAGCUGGGCCCGCGGGUAUGAUGGCCAGCAUGUAUUUUGCUGAAAUGGGCAUACCGUUCCGUAUCAUCGACAAGAGAGGAACCAGGACUCUCAACGGUCGAGCAGAUGGUUUUCAUACCCGCACCCUCGAAAUCUGGGAGAGUUUCGGGAUUGCAGACAAGGCGCGAAAGCAUGGAGUUCCUCUCGGACAAUUUUCCAUGUGGAAUCCAGAUCCCAAUAACGAGGAUGGAGGAAUUGUUAGGAAUAGGGAUCUUGCGAGAGGAGUUGGUCAGACGAAUGUUGUGAUGGAGGAGCAGGCUGGGACGAAUGAGAAGCCUUGGGCUAUUCAUCAGGGAUUUAUUGAAGCUGCUAUGAUUGAGGCUACUCGUGUGCGAGGAGGUGCUAGAGUUGAGAGAGGAACUGUCCCUGAGUCGAUUCUGCUGGAUACGGAUCUCUCUGCUGAGUAUCCCGUCUUGGUCAAGGUGCGGCAUAUGCUGAAAUCGGAGGUUGCAUCUCCUCGAACUGGGGCGCAUAGUAUUGCCGAGGAUGGGAGUUUGAAGCCGGAGCGAGGUUUCAUUGAUGCGUUUGGAGGGGAUCCACAUGAGAUUUCUUCGAGUGUUGGUGGCAAAGAAGGUAGCGUUGAGACAAUCCGGGCCAAGUACGUUAUUGGAGCCGACGGUGCACACUCUUGGGUGCGUAGAAGUCUCGGUCUGAGCAUGGAAGGAGAAACCACCGAUGCCAUUUGGGGCGCCAUUGACAUCAAACCGCUUACAAACUUUCCCGACGUUCGCAAAGUCACGAACAUCUUCUCUCGGCAUGGAUCUGCGCUGUUGAUUCCUCGUGAGCUCGGUCUCGUCAGAGUAUAUGUUCAGCUGCCAGAUGACUACAUCCUUCGAAAGGGGUAUGAGCCUGAGGAAGGCGUGAGCGAUAUCAUGUCCACAGCCCGGAAGAUUCUGGCUCCGUACACGAUGGAUUACAAGUACUGCGACUGGUUUACAAUCUACGCAGUUGCACAGAGGAUGUGUAAGACCUACUCUGUCUCCAAUAGGAUAUUCCUGGCAGGUGAUGCCGUGCACACACACUCGCCAAAAGGAGGUCAAGGUCAAAAUGUCUCACAGCAAGACACGUACAACCUCGCCUUCAAAAUCGCUGCAGUACUACGAAACCAAAUGUCUCCAUCGAUUCUCUCAACCUACCAAACGGAGCGACUCCCCGUCGCAUACGAACUCAUUGAGCUCGACCAGAUCCAAGGCAAAAUCAUGGACAGUCGAAAAGAACCUUCAGCAAACGACAUCAAGCUCAUGGUCGAUCGUCUUCUCAAGCAGAACGGUACGGGUGUGAUGUACUCUCCAAACGCUUUAAUUGCCGGUCCUGAACAGACGAAUCAAGAAGCUGCCAAGAAGCUCAAACUUGGGAUGCGAGUACCCAAUACUUCCGUCUUCAACCAAUCGAAUGGUGUGGCUACUAACGUACAGUCUCUGCUUGAAUCCACGGGAUCCUGGAGAAUCCUUGUAUUYGCUGGCGAUGUCACGAAAGCUGAGCAGCUCGAGAGGAUCAACAACUUGAACGAAGACCUUGACGUCUUGAUCCACAAAUACCCAUCAGCUUCAACACGACAGCCGGAGAAGUUUGCGGAAAUCUUGACUUUCCAUUCUGCGAAUAUCAAUGACGUCGAUUCGAAGGUUUUCCAUUCAGCUUUCUUCCCGCAUGAUGCUGUGGAUGGGUAUAAUUAUGAUACCAUCUUUGGAGAUUUCACGGAUCUUGCGGAGGAAUGUACGGGUGGAGCUUACAGGGCAUAUGAUGUUGAUCUUGAGCAAGGCGCUCUGGUGCUUGUUCGGCCUGAUCAGGUUGUUGCUUGGGUUGGAUAUUUGAGGGAUUUAAGUGUGAUGCGGGAUUGGUUGGCUACUUUUAUGAUAUCGAAGGACGUGAAGUUGAAUGGGGUUUUGAAGGAGAAUGGUGUGCAGGACGGCUCGCAGAAUGGUUUGCCGAACGACCUGCAACAUGGCGUACAUGCAUAA